UGUAUCGUGCGGUCACGCCGUAGUGCUGCUGCUGUCACGAGCUCGAUCAAGGCAGCGGGGUAAAGGCUCUAAGAAUUACAACGGGCAUAAAUUAUUUUACAUAUCUCCUAUUGACUUUUUAGCCUCACUCAAACGGCUCCAAGGCUACGUGUUAUUUUCGUGUUGGCUGACAACAAACCGUUAUUGUUGUUUCUCUCAAGCGGUGAUGUAUCGCAGCAUUUAUACGCUAUCGCUAGCCAGCUAGUUGGCUAGCAUCUGAGCUAGCUGUACGUUGUUUGAGACUCGAGGAUAAAAUAACGGUGUAUUCCCCUGAGUUAUUAUCAACGCCUCCUGAAUUCCCAUCUUUUUUUUACCGGCCUGUAAAGAUAGUGUGAGGUUUUGUCGUAUAAUACAUUUUUAUGGUAACCGUGUGACAUGUUCUUCGCGUUUAAUCCUAGCUAGAGAAGGAUUGAAUGAAAUAGCUUGACAUAUAGCUACCGGAAACGAGCGGUCUAAGGUUUAUUUAUCGUGCUUCGCCUUGAUUGCCGCCAUCCAGCGAACCUUUGUCACUCUUCUGCACAAACCAACAACAUCAGAAACGAUCGAUUGGCAGUGCUAAGCCAAAUAAAAACCUGCAAAAAUGCCGGCUGUGUCUAAAGGAGAUGGAAUGCGCGGAUUAGCUGUUUUCAUUUCGGAUAUCAGAAAUUGUAAAAGCAAGGAAGCCGAGAUCAAGCGGAUCAAUAAAGAGCUGGCCAACAUUCGCUCCAAAUUUAAAGGGGACAAAGCUCUUGAUGGCUACAGCAAGAAGAAAUAUGUUUGUAAGCUGCUGUUUAUCUUCCUUCUUGGCCACGACAUUGACUUUGGACACAUGGAGGCAGUCAACCUGCUAAGUUCCAACAAGUACACAGAAAAGCAGAUUGGCUACCUGUUCAUCUCAGUUCUGGUCAACAGCAACAGCGAGCUGAUCCGUCUGAUUAACAAUGCCAUCAAAAAUGACUUGUCCAGCCGAAACCCCACUUUCAUGUGCCUGGCACUUCACUGUAUUGCCAACGUGGGCAGCCGUGAGAUGGCGGAGGCAUUUGCCAGUGAAAUACCCCGUAUCUUGGUUGCUGGUGAUACAAUGGACAGUGUGAAACAAUCAGCUGCCCUGUGCCUUCUGCGGCUCUAUAAGACUUCUCCUGACUUAGUGCUGAUGGGGGAAUGGACAUCCCGCGUGGUGCACCUUCUAAAUGACCAACACAUGGGUGUGGUCACUGCAGCCAUUUCCCUUAUCACCUGUUUGAGCCAGAAGAAUCCAGAUGAGUUUAAGACCUGUGUUUCUCUGGCUGUGUCACGACUCAGUAGGAUUGUGUCAUCAGCUUCCACCGACCUGCAAGAUUACACCUAUUACUUUGUCCCAGCACCAUGGCUUUCUUGUAAGUUGCUGCGCCUGCUGCAGUGCUAUCCUCCACCUGAAGAUGGUGCUGUGAAAGGCCGUCUGGUCGAGUGUCUGGAAACCAUCCUCAACAAGGCUCAGGAGCCACCGAAGUCAAAGAAAGUACAACACUCCAAUGCCAAGAAUGCUAUCCUCUUCGAGGCUAUCUCCCUUAUCAUCCACUAUGACAGUGAGCCAAAUCUUCUAGUGCGAGCCUGUAACCAGCUGGGUCAAUUCCUGCAGCAUCGAGAGACUAACCUCCGCUACUUGGCUCUGGAAAGCAUGUGCACUUUGGCCAGCUCAGAGUUUUCUCAUGAAGCAGUCAAGACACACAUUGAGACUGUGAUAAAUGCUCUCAAGACUGAGCGGGAUGUUAGUGUUCGACAGAGGGCAGCAGAUCUGCUGUAUGCCAUGUGUGAUCGCAGCAAUGCCAAGCAAAUUGUAGCUGAAAUGCUCAGCUACCUUGAGACAGCUGACUACUCCAUCAGAGAGGAGAUGGUGCUUAAAGUGGCUAUCCUGGCUGAGAAGUAUGCAGUUGAUUACUCUUGGUACGUCGACACCAUUCUUAACCUCAUCCGCAUUGCUGGCGAUUACGUCAGUGAAGAGGUAUGGUACCGUGUCAUCCAGAUCGUCAUCAAUCGAGACGAUGUGCAAGGAUAUGCUGCCAAGACAGUCUUUGAGGCGUUGCAAGCCCCUGCCUGUCAUGAGAACAUGGUGAAAGUUGGAGGCUACAUUCUUGGAGAGUUUGGUAACCUCAUUGCAGGUGACCCCCGUUCUAGUCCACUAGUCCAGUUCAACCUUCUUCACUCCAAGUUCCAUCUAUGCUCUGUGCCGACUCGUGCCCUGCUACUAUCAGCCUACAUCAAGUUCAUCAACUUGUUCCCAGAGACCAAGACCACAAUUCAGGAAGUUCUUCGCUGUGACAGCCAGAUUCGCAACUCUGAUGUAGAGCUGCAGCAGCGUGCUGUGGAGUAUUUGAAGCUUUCUUCUAUUGCCAGUACCGAUGUAUUGGCCACUGUUUUGGAGGAGAUGCCUCCUUUCCCAGAGCGGGAGUCUUCUAUCUUGGCUAAGCUGAAAAAAAAGAAGGGGCCUGGUGCAGUGUCAGUUACUGACCUAGAAGACAGCAAACGAGAGGGCGGGGAGCUGAACGGAGGUGGUGAACGGGGCCCAGACACAUCAGCCAUGGCUGCCUCCAAUGCUUCCACCCCAUCACCAUCAGCAGACCUCCUUGGGAUUCGAUCAGGACCUCCUGUUGGCUCUGCUCCAACUAGUGCUGGCAGCCUGUUGGUAGAUGUGUUCUCUGAAGCAGGGCCCACAGCACCCUCUGCUGCAGUUAAUGAUGAAGGCUUCCUCAGGUCAGAGGACAAAGAUAAGGGCUCUGCUCCUCCCUCUGAGGAUCCUGCUCCCCCUCUGUCUGAGGCUGAUGAACUCCUUAACAAGUUUGUGUGCAAGAACAAUGGUGUUUUGUUUGAGAAUCAGCUCCUACAAAUUGGCAUCAAGUCAGAAUAUCGUCAAAAUCUUGGGAGAAUGUACUUGUUCUAUGGCAACAAGACAUCAGUGCAAUUUGCCAGCUUCACCACUACAGUCAGCUGUCCUGGAGAGCUCCAGUCUCAGCUUAAUGUUCAAACCAAACCAGUGGAACCACUGGUAGAGGGAGGAGCCCAGAUCCAGCAGGUCCUCAACAUCGAGUGUCUGACGGACUUUUCCGACGCGCCACUACUCAACAUCAAGUUCAGAUAUGGAGGAGCUCUGCAAAAUUUGACCCUCAAGCUGCCUGUCACUAUCAACAAAUUCUUCCAGCCAACUGAAAUGUCCUCAAAUGAUUUUUUUCAACGUUGGAAACAGCUUAGCCAGCCUCAGCAAGAAGCACAAAAGAUAUUCAAGGCCAACCACAGCAUGGACACAGAAGUACUGAAGGCUAAGCUACUUGGACUAGGAGCGGCCCUGCUGGACAAUGUCGAUCCAAACCCAGAGAACUAUGUGUCUGCUGGAGUGAUCCAGACCAAGGGACAGCAGGUUGGCUGUCUGCUAAGACUGGAGCCCAAUGCCCAAGCACAGAUGUACCGACUGACUCUGCGCUGCAGCAAGGACUCUGUGUCAAGGCGUCUCUGCGAGUUACUGGCCCAACAGUUCUAGAAUAGCCAGAGUUCCAGACCAUUAUCAUCACCCCCACCAGCGAGCCCUCCUAUUCCUACCAUACUUCACUUCCUUCUCUUACCAACAAAGAUUCUUUAAUUACAAAAAUGGUGUAUCCUAUUUAAGGGAAAAGCAGUCACUGUGAGAACUGCAACAGCGACCAUAUUAUUGUCAUUAUUCUAAUUCAAGUUCAUUUACAAGUUGGUUAUUGACAUUAUGCUACAUAAUUGUUUUUUUUUUCUUUCCUUUAUGGUGUUUACCUGUGUAGCUGGUAUGUGCAGCCAGGACUCUGUGAGUGUCCCACAGUUUGCGGCAGUCCUAUUCUGCUUUAUCCUGGCUGCUCUGUAUUUCUGAUGCUAUAUGUACAGUGUGUUUGAUUUAUUUUUAAUCAAUUGGUAGGUAAUUUCUUGAAGACAAAUUGGAGAUAGUAUUCACACACAUUUACCCAUUUUUCUCUUCCUCUAUUCAUGCUCACCCACACACAUGUCGUUCCUUGCGGUCCUCGUCGGUUCCAAUAAUGAAGGGAGAUGUGAAGGUCCAGCUAAUUUCAAUCAUUCCCCGUGAUCAAAGGCCAGUUAAAAUGCACUUCAGGAUUUUGGGAUCCUCUGUGAGACCGUGCAGCAUGAGGCCCCUAGUGUGAACAACCUCAUUCCUCUCAUGGGGCUCUAAUCAGUAGCCCUAUAUGUCAAUGACCAUGGUUUAUUUGUCUGUAAAUAUGCGGCAGUGUAUUACUUUAUUGAUUUCAUAGACAUUCCCAUCUACCGUGUGGCUAGGAUUAUCAAGGCCAAGCUGCCCAUUUUGACAAAUGACAGUCAGUGGGGAUGUAAGGUGACGUGCGCAGGGUUGACAUUUUCAUUUUGAAAUGGGACAUCUCUUAGCCACUACCAUGAGGGAUGUCCAGGUAAAUCUACUGUGCAACCUAGAUUGUUUUUGAAGAUUCCAAAUUGUUUUUGGACAAAGCCCUCCUUUAUUUUUAAAUAGAUUGAGCACUUCUAAGCAUAAUAUAAUUAAACUUCGUCUUUACCCAUCAGAUAAAAUGGUCCUGAUGAUGCUAAGUCUGCUGACAUAGGCUCGCUGACAUAGGCUUGAUCCAUUGCUCCAAUCUUCAUAUAGAGUAACACUUUAUCAACAGUCGGCAUCAUGAAUCCAUCAACCUCAAAAUAUUUCUAUUCACACAUCCACAGAUUUUAUCUUUUUUCUUGGGCAUUCUCUUGCACACAGCAGCAAUAGUGAUGUAGUGGAAGAGUAUUAAAGUACAUAGUCCAAUCUGAUAAUUACAGGGAACACUGUUUAUGUGAGAACUUGAGUGAGACUGUAAGUGGGUAAUAAGAAAUAGACUUUUCAAAGACAUCCACAAAUUAGAAUCUGUGGCUGCACAGCAAUCACAAAAUGUAGUGGAAAACUGUCAUUUUUUGUCAUGCUGUGAGUGUAUAUUUGUGUCUGUGUCUAUGCAGUAUCCACUAGCUAAUGCAGCCUCAUUUAUUGAUGUUAAAAAAAUGUCCAAUACCUGGUAGAAUUAAGAUUUAAAAUGUGAAAUAAAACUAUGCCAUAUAUCAGA